AUGGGAAUAAUGCCGCUCAUACGGGUACUGGCCACCAUCUGUUGCCUCCUGGCCACUUCCUGUGGCGCCGAGAACAUCGAGGCCAUUUCCACCAAGGCCGCGGACAAGGUCGAGGCCAUCACCACCACCAUGCUGACCCCCACCAUCGCGGAGGACUCCAAGAGCAAGACGGAGAAGCGCGACUCAUCGGAUCAGACAGGUGGUCCGUACUUGAGCCUACCGAGCAAAGACCCCCCCUUCCGACCGUACUACCCACCACCCGGCAGCCACUUUGAGGCGGAGACGCCCACGCCCAUCUUCGGACCCACCACGCUGCGCUACACGGCGGCGGAGGCGGCACCACCGGCAACACAGCCACAGGCGUUCUACGGACAGAGGGCGCCACCGCAGCACCACCACCGCUUCAGCUUUGCAGUGCCGCCGCAAGUGGAAUCCUAUCAGCGACAAGUCGCGUAUAAGCCAGCUGCCCCCUCGCCGCAGCCGCAGCCACAUCAGCAUCCGCAUCAGCAGUCGAUUUUCAAUUACGGCGAACUUGAGCCGGAGGCGGGGGCAACCACACCACUGGCCGCCCAGCAGCAGCACGGCCAGCAGGCGAAGUACCUGCAGCAGCAGCAGCCGCAGCAGAAGUUGCAGCAACGCAUCCAGUACAUAAUCGCCAUACCUCUGUCGUACAUGCGGCAGUUGCAGCAGCAGCAACAGUUGCAACAACAACAGCAGCAGCAUCAGUUGAUCUUGGGUCCACCGCCCACCAGUAGCAGUAGCAGCACCAGCACCAGCACCACCAGCUCGGCACCACCCUCAGCACCCUCGGUUCCCUUGGCCAACGGCAGGCAUCCGGUGGUGCAGCUGCUGGGUCCGCUGGCCCGCGACCAUCAGGGCCAGUACAAGCCUUACUACCAGUCGGAUGCCGCCAGCGCACCACUCGCGGGUCCCGGCGCACCACUGAUCCACCAGCCGUACCUGCAAAUCCCCACCAGCCUGCUGAUGGCCGCCGCCCAGCAGCUGCAGCAGCAGCACCACCAGCAGCAGCAGCAACAGCAGCCCGUUUACGCCAAAGUGGCUGCCCCACCUGCACCACCGGCACCACCCACCUACCAGCCCGCCCAGCUGAUCUACCAGCCGCAGCCACAGGCGCACCACCACCAACUGCAGCUGCAGCGGAUCUUCCUGCAACACCCGCAGCCCCAGCAAUCCACCAUCUACGCCGAGCAGCCAGCUCCACUUUAUGCAUAUCCGCUGCAGCAGCAACACCACCAGCAACACCAGCACCAGCAGCAACACCAGCACUACCAGAAGCCGCACCAGCAACAGCCCCUGAAACAGGCGCAUCAGUCGCAGCAGCAACACAAAUACACGCCUGCAGCACCGACAUCUCCGACAGCAUUGACAACAUCAACAACGAGCACCACAGCGACAGCAGCAGCAACAGCAACAGCAGCAACAGGAACACCACAGGCUGCAGCAGCAACAUCUACACGACAGCAACACUUGCCCCUGGUGCACUACAAUCCCAUUUACGUGCAGGCACCCGCCGAGCAGCAGCAUCCGCAGCAACAGCAUCAAUUUGCCAUAUUGCCACGUUUUAGCAAUAAUAACCCCAAGGCCGUUUACAGCCUGGCCCACGAAUCAGCGGGUCCGGUCCCGGGCCCUGGAUUGGUAGCUGGAUCGGGAGCGGGAGCAGGACCCAUUCACGUGGUCAGAUUGUCGGCGGCAAAUGGGCCGCCGAUCCAUCACUACCACCACUACCAGCCGGCGCCUCUGCUGCAGCCGCUCUAUGGCCAUGCCCCGCAGCAGUAUGUGUCGCCGUAUGCGGCCGGCGACGAAGUGCAAGGUCCCAAGUUGCAGGUUCCCGUUUCCGGUUCCGGUUCCGGUGCCAGCUCCCUUUUGGCCGGACCCACGCCAUCGCCCCUGAUGACCGCGGCCUCGCCGGCCAUUAUACCGUACUUCAGCCAUCCGGGCGCCGUGCAUUAUGGCACGCAUUUGUACCAACCGGGCGCAGCAACAGCACUGGGUGCAACAGCAUCAGCAUCAGCAGCAUCAGCAUCCGCAGCAGGGCCCAGAGCAGCAGGACCAAAGCAACAGUCGACCGCAACAAGUGGGGGACAGCUGCCAGGUGACAGCGGCAAUAUUGUGAAAUAUCCCUAA